GUUGAUCCGUUCGAUCAAAUUCUCUCCCGAUUGCCUCUCGAUCCCCUCUCCAUCUACCUCUCGUUUCCCGAUAGCAACUCUUUCUCUCGGUUUCCUCUGGCUUCGAGCAGGUCGCGGUGGCAGGAUUCAAAUCCAGAGCAGGGGCGCGGGGCCACAGAGGCAGAGCAGGGCGCGUCGGCGGAGCGGUGGCACAGCACGGCGCGGCGGCGGCGGCGGAGCUUCAUCGGAGCAGGGGCUCGGCCGCGGAGGCGGAGCGUCCUCAGAGCUGGGAUUCGGCCGCGGAGGCGGAGCGACAACGGAGCAGGGCGCGUCGGCGUCGGCGGAGCGGUGGCACAGCACGGCGCGUCGGCGGCGGCGGAGCGUCGUCCGAGCAGUGGCUCGGCCGUGGAGGCGGAGCAUCCUCAGAGCUGGGAUUCGGCCGCGGAGGCGGAGCAACGACGGAGCAAGGCGCGUUGGCGUCGGCGGAGCUAGAGCACGGCGCGGCCACGGCGUCGGCUGAGAGGUGCACGCUAGCUGUUCGGUGAAAUUACUCGUCCAUCUUACUCUUUAGCUUGGGUUUUAAACUCCUUAGCUGAAUUGGGUGGAUUGCCUAGUUCUACUUUUACUCAACGGAUACUCAGUUGUGUGGUGCUUCCAUGCGUCCUUAUUUUCACUGCAUACGUUGCCCCUUUCUAAUGGGGAAUGAGAUCAACAUUUUGCAUCUGAAUUCAUUUUGUCAACCCGUGCUGUUCUAAACUCUGACAGACUAUAUGAUCCACCGCUCCUUGUUCCAGUAUUGUGUUCCUGCCUUAGAAUUGCUCAUUUGGUACCAACAAUAUGAAUCCCAUGUCUGUGUCUGUCAUGGAUCAAGUUUUAGAAGUCAGUGAAAAGAAAGUCUUUGCAAAGUAAAGAAAAAACACAACUGGAAUCCCAGGUUUGAAUUAGGGACUUGUAGUGUGACAGACUAGCAUGGUGACCAAUAUAACUCACCAAUGUUGAGUUUAGUGAGAGCAGUCUUGCAAAAUAAUUCACCAUAUAAUAGGGACACAAUUAAACUUCAAGUUCCAAAAGGUCAUUUAGCUGUAUUGUGUUUUCUUUGGAUCAAAUUGCAAUAUAAAUCGCUUUGAGAUGUGCUUUCUUCUACGCGAGAUUCGCAUACUGGCUUCUCGUUUUGUGUCUUGCAUGUUCUGCUGGACACAUAGAUCCGCCAACACUACUGCUCAUUGCAUGGCCCAGUUUGCUAGAGAUUCUAACUCUACGGGAAGUUCAGCUGGUUUACCUCCGUUUAUGGAGCAGGAUGAAACCUCUCAUUCUUGUAAUCCGGACCAUAUUCCAGUUAAUUGAGUUUAUUUUCCCGUUUCAAAAAAAUUGGUUGUUGUCCUUGACCAGGUAGCCGCAUAUUGAACUAAGGACGUCGUCCUUUGCUGCUGCUAUGCCCAACUCCUCCACCAUCUUUGGAUCAAAUUGGUUGUUGUCGUUGUCGUCAUCUCGUGAGUGGACAAAUUGAUUGUUAAUGUUAACUACGAGUAUAUGUAUACGUACGAAUAACCCGCAAGCAUGCACAUUUAACAUGGCAAAUAGGUGUGGAAAGGCAGCAAGUAGGUGCGUAUAAUCUGACAAAUAUGCAUAGUUAACAUGGCAAGUAGGCAUUACUUGGUAAGUAUGCAUGGUUAAUCUGACAAGCAAGAGGAGUUAACCUGGCAAGUAUGGAUGGUUAACCUGGCAAGUGUGCAUAAUUAACCUGGCAAGUAGCCGUUGCUAAUCUGGCAAGUAGGAAGAGUUAACCUGGCAAGUAGGAAAAGUUAACAUGACAAAUAUACAUGGUGAGCCUGGCAAGUAGGCAUCACUAAUUUGAUAAGUAGGAAGAGUUAACCCGGCAAGUAUGCAUAGUUAAACUGGUAAGUAGGCAUGUUAAGUGGGCAUCUCUAGUCUGGCAAAUAUGCAUAGUUACUCUGGCAAGUAAGAAGAGCUAACCUGGAAAGUAGGCAUAUUAACCUGUCAAGUUGGCACAUUAACCUGGCAAGUAGGUAUGAUUAACCUGGCAAGUAGCCAUUGCUAAUCUGGCAAGUAUGCAUGGUUAAUCUGGCAAGUAGGAAAAGUUAAUAUGGCAAGUAUGCAUGGUUAACUUGGCGAGUAGGCAUUGCUAAUCUGGCAAGUAGACAUUGCUAAUCUGGCAAGUAUGCAUAUUUAAUCUGGCAUAAAAAGAUUUAACCUGGCAAGUACGAAAAAUUAACUUGGUAAGUAUGCAUGGUUAAUCUCAAAAGUAGGAAGAGUUAACCUGGCAAGUAGGAAGAGUUAACCUGGCAAGUAGGAAGAAUUAACCUGGUAAGUAGGUAUUGUUAAUCUGGCAAGUAUGCAGAGUUAAGUUUACCUUACAGGUAGGCAUAAUUAACCUGACAAGUAGACGUUGCUAAUCUGACAAGUAUGCAUUUCUAAUCUAGCAAUUAGGAAGAGUUAACCUGACAAGUAUGUAUGCAUGAUUAACUUGACAAGUAGGAAGAGUUAAUCUCGCAAGUAUGCAUUGUUAACUUGACAAGUAGACAUAGUUAAUUUGGCAAUUAAGCAUAAUGUACAUGUCAAGUAGACAUAAUCAACUUGACUAGUAGACAUACGUUACCUGAAAAUUAGGUAGGAUAAGCCGGUAAGUGUGUGCGGAUAAUCUCAGCAUCUAGACACAUUUAAAUUCCCAAGUACCUAACCUGGCAAGUAUGUGAAGUGACAUGACACUGAUAUUUUAGGAGGGCUCUCAUUUGUAACGAGGAAUUUCGCAUAUUAGAGCCGGUCAAAUUUUUAUUCGCAUAUUAGAGCCGGUCAAAUUUUUAUAGACUGACUAGCUGGAGUCGGGCCGGUGGCGCUCUGCUGAUUAUUAACUUAGACUUGGGCUGCUACUUCAUCACAUUAGAUUAAGCUGAGAUGGGCCUUCUCGUCUUGGGUUUGGGUUUGCUAACUGCUGGUUACACGUGCGCGUCGAGCUGGAUCGAGGCGGGAGACGCCCUCGCAUGGGAAUUGGAAGACGAGGGGCGAGGGCAGCGUGAGUGGGCGGGGUAGCGGGCGCCGCUGCAGCGGCUUACGUGGGGAACGCCGCUGCCUAGUCUGGUCCUUAAAAAUAGAUAUAUUCAAAUUUAGGCAAAUUUGAGACAAGUAAUAUGGGUCGGAGGGAGUACUAAAUUUUUUUUUCCGCUUAAAACUAAAGGAGAAAAUUUCCGACCCAAAAAAUCCAAUUGUCUGGAGCGUUGGAGCCCCUCCGCCGACCCAAAAUUUUCAAAAACCAAUCCCGAAAAGCCGAAACCUCCCGCCCUUUCCCCGUGCCCCCUCCAACCCUCGAGGCUCGAGACUCCUCCUCUCGCGAUGCAUCCGAGCGGCGGCGGCGGCGGCGCGAUCCGCGUGCUGAACGUCGCAGAGAAGCCGUCAGUUGCCAAGUCCGUGGCGGAGAUCCUGUCGCGCAGGGCGAUGCAGUCGCGGCCGGGCCGGUCCAGGUACAACCGCAUCUUCGAGUUCAACUACGCCAUUGGCGGCCAGGCCUGCCACAUGCUCGUCACCUCCGUCACGGGCCACCUCAUGGAGCUCGACUUCGACGACCGCUACCGCCGCUGGUACUCCUGCGACCCCGUGGAGCUCUUCCACGCCCCCGUCCGCAAGGCCGUCCCCCAGGAUAAGCUGGACAUAAAAAGAACAUUAGAAGAAGAAGCAAGGACAUGUCAGUGGCUUGUGUUAUGGCUUGAUUGUGAUAGAGAGGGCGAGAAUAUCGCAUAUGAAGUGGUUGAGAUAUGUGCAGGCGUGAACCACUGUCUCAACAUCUGGAGAGCUCGAUUCUCAGCUUUGAUUGAUAGGGAAAUACAUGAAGCUGUGCAACAUCUUGGCAGACCCAACAAGCUAUUUGCUGAUGCUGUGGAUGCAAGACAGGAAAUUGACCUUCGCAUAGGUGCCUCCUUCACUAGGUUUCAGACAAUGCUGCUAAAAGAUGCAUUUGUCCUUGAUGUCAGUGGAGAAGAAAGGAAUAUGGUUCUGAGCUAUGGUCCUUGUCAGUUUCCAACCCUAGGGUUUAUUGUUGAACGUUUCUGGGAGAUACAAGCUCAUGAACCUGAAGAGUUUUGGACAAUAAACUGUUCUCAUACAUCAGAUGAAGGCACUGCAUCUUUUGGUUGGAUACGUGGCCAUUUGUUUGACUACUCAUCCGCUAUUGUGAUCUAUGAAAUGUGUGUUCAAGAGCCAAUGGCAACAGUACAAAAUGUAAGGAAUCAGGAGAAACUAAAAUAUCCCCCAUAUCCACUAAGUACCUUGGAGCUUCAAAAACGUGCUUCUAGGUGCUGCAGAAUGAGUUCGGAGCACACAAUGAAGGUGGCGGAAGAACUUUAUCAAGCUGGAUUCAUUAGUUACCCCAGGACAGAGACUGACAAUUUCUCUCCAAACACCGAUCUACAUGCGAUUGCACAUGAACAAGUGCCGCAUCCUGUCUGGGGAUCAUAUGCUCAGCGACUUUUGAAUCCUGAAGAAAGACUCUGGAGAAACCCCAGCAAUGGUGGUCAUGAUGACAAGGCACAUCCUCCUAUUCAUCCAACAAAAUUUACAGCUGGUGAAUCCAACUGGUCCCAAGACCACCAUAAAGUGUAUGAGCUUGUUGUUCGCCAUUUUCUUGCUUGUUGCUCCCAACCUGCAGUUGGAGCAGAGACAACUGUGGAGAUUGACAUUGCUGGCGAACAGUUCAAUGCAUCAGGGCGUGUCGUACUUGCUAAAAAUUACCUGGAUGUUUAUCGCUAUGACUCAUGGGGUGGUUCAUUACUUCCAACAUACACCAUUGGACAGCAGUUCGUUCCGACAACUUUAACGCUUGAUUCAGGAGUGACUCGACCACCUCCUCUUCUUGCUGAAGCUGACCUCCUUAGCUGCAUGGAUAAGGCAGGCAUCGGCACUGACGCAACCAUGCAUGAACAUAUAAAGAAGCUACUUGACCGUUGUUAUGCAACCAAAGAUGCAAAUUCACGUUUCUCCCCAACAAAUCUUGGGGAGGCGUUGGUAAUGGGUUAUGAUGAAAUGGGGUACGAACUUUGGAAACCUUAUUUAAGAGCAAUGAUGGAAGCUGACAUGAAAGCAGUUAGCAUUGGUACAAAGAGUAAAUUGGAAGUACUUGAGGGUUGUUUGCAGCAGAUGAAGGCUUGUUUUCUUGAUGCAAGGUCAAACAAGGUGAAGCUUCUUGAUGCAAUGGGAACAUUCUUUGCUAGGUCAAAUAGACCUCUCAAUGAGACACAAAAUCCCAUGGAAGUUGUAAGGCCCUGUGGUGCAUGCAACGACUCUGAAAUGUUGCUGAAGCGAAAGCCGAAUGGUGGUUUUAUGGUUGGCUGUCGGAGCUUUCCUCAAUGUAGAAAUGUAGUAUGGCUUCCAGGAUCUCUUUCAGAAGCUGCUGUGACGGAACAAAUUUGUCCUACCUGUGUUCCAGGUCCUGUUUAUAAGAUUCAAUUUAAGUUUAACCGAAGGGAUAUCCCGCCCAAUUUUGAUGUUGAUCACCUAGGUUGCAUUGGUGGAUGUGACGAUGUACUCAAAGAGCUUAUAGAGAUAACUAGAUUUGUAAAUCAUAACCAGACUACAACACCAGCAAGAGGCCAAAACCAGACUCAGACCACAAGUGGUGCAAGGCAGGGGGCUCCAAGGCAAGAUUUACAUACUGGUUUUCGUUCGACGGGGCAAUUUACUAACGAGCACACACCAGUUGUGAAUCCCCAAGCAAGAGGCCAAAGCCAGACUCCAAGUGGUGUAAGACAGGGAGCUCCAAGGCAGGAUUUACAUCCUGGUUUUCGUCCGGCAGGGCAAUUUGCCAACGGCCACACGCCUGUCGUGAACCCCCAAGGUUUCCGUUCAACACAUACCCAAAACUCAAGAAAUGCAUCAGAUCCAGGUCAGGUACUCUGUACUACAUGUGGAGAAGCCUGCAUAUCGCGAACUGCUAAUACUGAGGCAAACAGGGGGAGGAAGUUCUACAAAUGUCAAGAUUCGGGAUGCGGCUUCUUUGCGUGGGAAGACGAGCUGGAGAACGUGGUUCCCAGGGGCCGUGGGCGCGGCGGGCGUGGCGGCGGCAGGCAAGCAUCGGCAUCUGCAGGGCGGAGAGGCGGCACGCAAGGGCGAGGCCGGAGGGGGCGGGGCCGGAAUGCGGACGCCAACGGCAUGACGUUCGUCUCGGCGACCGGCGACACCGUCCACGGCUGUUGCUUCGCCUGCGGCGACCCUUCCCAUUUCGCCAACGCCUGCCCGAAUCGCGGGAGAUAGCACAGCUUAGAAACGUCGGCAUGGCGCGGCAAUAUGCAAUUGUGCAUAUUCUUGCUUAAUUCAACGUGGUGAAUAUGCAUUAUUACUUAUAUAGCCAAUUCAGAACAUGCAUGUGAGGGUGCUGCU